UUUUUUGACAGUGUAUUUGUCUGCUAUAAAUAUUCUUGGCUUAUUCAAGUUAUGAGCGCUCGUUUAUGCUACAUAAAAUGGAAAGUGCAGUUUGAGUGCAUUAUGAAGAAACCUUAUAAAUUGAUCAUGUGUGUUUGGAGAUUAAGUUCUACGCUUAAGAGGACAUUGCUAAUGUGAAGAUUUUCACUUGAUACUUUCCGAUUUUUUUUUGCGCGGACGAUCAUUGUCUUUAAAGGCAGAGCAAGUCAGAAGAAAAAUCUUAGGCACAAUGAUCAGUGACAGGGUAUUCUUCAGUAAUUCUUACAUUGUUGCACACUGGUAGUGUGCAUGAGUCUAAUUAAUCAAUUCUGAAGGGAAGUAACAUGAGUAGCAGGGAGACCUAUUGAUUGAGGUGGUUGGGAGUUGUUCUGCAAGUUUGUGGAUAGGGCAACUCCCACCAUGCAUUGGAUGGAUGAAUUUUAUUUUGCUAAAGUUGUGCAGUUUAAACUUCUUGAUGUACUUAAAAUAUUUUAUUAGUUUGUCACAAUUAUUCCUAUUGUAAUUGUGUUUAAUUUGUUGCUUAAGAGUUUAUUACCUGUUAUUGAAAACAUCAGCCAUGCAGCAGCCUCCAGAAUGUCCGUACAAAUGUGAAGAAUGCGGAAAAGAUUUUGCUGACAUAAGCCUUCUGAUUAAACAUUCAAGAAUACAUUUAGGUGAACGGCCAUUUAUUUGUGUGGAAUGUGGAGAAGCAUUUUCUACCAGCAGUGAUUUACUAAAGCACUCACUGGCUAAGCAAGCAGCACGACCACACAAGUGUGGAUGUGGCAAGUCCUUUGCUCGACGUGGGACGUUAGUAGCACACUCAAGAACUCACACAGGUGAGCGACCGUACAAAUGUGGUUGUGGAAAAGCCUUUUCCCGCCGUGGGACUUUGAUAGCCCACUCAAGAACUCAUACAGGAGAACGACCUUAUAAGUGUCGUUGUGGAAAGUCCUUUUCACGCAGAGGCAGCUUGGUGACACAUGUCAGAACACACACAGUACAGUUGUCUAAAGAAACAAUUGUUGAUAAAUUACCAAACUUGAGAUGUAUUAGCGGCCACUGGGUCUCUGUAAAAGCCAUAACAAUAACAACU